AUGGAGCAUUUCACUACAGCUACGGAGCACUCUAAUACAACUACAGAGCAACUUACUCUAACUAUGAAGCAACCGACCUUCUCCACACCCCCCGCCUUCCCAACCUCCACAACCAUCGACAUCUCCUCCUCCCUCAACCACCUCUCCCUCCUCCCUCAACCACCUCUCCCUCCUCCCCAACCUCGCCUCUACACCCCCACCACCCUUCUCUCCAUCCCCCUCCCCACCGUCCUCGCCCUCCUCGACGACAUAACCUGCAUCGAGGUCAUCGACAAAAUCGCCUUCACCAACCACAUCGACCCCUCUUCCGACCCCAACGACCUCAUUUCAAACCCCAAUAUGCUGCCCGCCUCCGCAUACCACUUCUUCCACGCAAAGCUAUCUCGGUACCUGGUGCAUGCCGCGCCGACGCUAACUAUUACGCUCGCGCAGCUACGUGAAGAGCUGGAUGCGUAUCUCACGACGAUGGUGUGGUUGCAUGCUGUGCUUUAUUGCGGGGAGAGCGUGCGGGAGAAGAUUAUGGAGGCGGUGGCGAGCGAGUGUGUGGAGGUUAUUGAGGAGGAUGAAGGGGCGGACAUGGCGGUUGUGAAGAAGGUGGUCAAGGUUUGGAAGGAGUGGAUGCAAAAGUUUGUUGGGGGGUUAGUGGUGGAGAACGAGUCGGAGAGGAGGGAUACGCAGGAUGAGUCGGUGAGGAGGGAGGCGCAGGAUGAGCGGGUGGCGUGGGGGAUGCUGGUGCUUGUGUUGUUUCCGAGUCUGGUGUCUUAUUUGAAAAUGUAG